AUGGCAUCUGGCAACAUCGAAGAUCCAGAUAUGGACGGUGCAAUUGGAGAUGGCGAACAGUCGACAGGAGGGACGAAUGAUGCUAUUCCUCGACCAAAGAGGAUUGCCUGCAUAUUAUGUCGCAAAAGAAAGUUGAAGUGCGAUUCAAACAAACCGAGCUGCGGGACAUGUUCGCGUCUAAAUCACCAUUGUGAAUACUCUGAAGAACGGAAGAAGAGCGGCCCCAAGAGGGGCUAUGUCAAACUUUUGGAGGCAAGACUUAAGCAAGUCGAAAACUUGCUAGAAACAAGAGAUGCGACGAGCGAGCUCACGACCCGUCCUUCUCAGCCCACAACGACGGCGGACUCGUUUGCGCCUAUGCCGACUCUAGAUAUCCCCGAUACUCUCGAUACUUCCAUGUCCGGAAUGAUGGCAGACAACGGGUUUACUGAUCCAACCCUGGGGAUGCCAAAUUUCAACAUGAACUCCAACGACGAUUUCUCCUGGGAGAUGAUAGGCCUUGGUCUUGAGGAAGCAUUGCCAGCACGGGAGGUGAUAGAUGAGAUGAAUGAGAUAUAUUUCGACAAAAUCCAUCCUUCCUUGCCCAUGAUUCACAAAGGCCGAUUUUUGGCUUCAAUGGACCUUGCGCCUCAUAUGCGCCCAGCAGUGUGCCUGAGAUAUGCCAUGUGGACCCACGCUUGUGCCAUCACCUCAAAAUAUUCGGCUUACACCGAACACUUCUAUGCACGGGCUCGGAAAUACGCAGAGAUGGACGAAAUGAGAGGGCACGGUGAGGGAAUGAUCACCAUCGCCCAUUCGCAAGCCUGGACCUUGCUUGCCUGCUACGAAUUUCGAGUCAUGUACUUCCCCAGGGCGUGGAUGAGCAUCGGAAGAGCUGCAAGACUAGCUCAAAUGAUGGGUCUACAUCGACAGGAUCGUGUUGGUCUUGACGUGAAACAAACACUACCACCUCCUCGAGACUGGACAGAUCGGGAAGAACGACGGCGAACCUUCUGGAUGGCAUACUGUCAGGACAGAUAUGCCAGCAUCGGGACUGGGUGGCCAAUGGUCAUUGACGAGAGAGACAUCCUCACAAAUCUACCCGCUAGCGAGGAAGCCUUUAAUAAAUGCCAACCAGAGCCUACGCUGCAAUUAUCUGACAUCUUGAAUGGUGAUGGGGCCUCGUCCCUCUCCUCAUUUGGCGGUGUCAUUCUUUUAUCGACAAUAUUUGGGAGAAACCUUACUCAUCUCCAUCGACCAUCGGAUCAAGACAAUGACCAUGAUCUAAAUGGUGCAUUCUGGAAACGUCAUCGAUCUCUGGACAAUAUCCUUCUCAACACGUCUUUGUCGCUACCUCCACCUCUCCGCCUCCCCGCAGGUCUCAAUGAUCCGAACACCGUCUUCCUCAACAUGAACAUCCAUACAGCUACUAUAUGUCUGCACCAAGCAGCCAUAUUCAAAGCUGACAAAAAUCGACUUCCAGCCCAGAUCAGUGCUGAGUCCAAACGUCGAUGCAUAGUUGCCGCGGACCAAAUCACCAACAUCAUGAAAAUGAUCAGCCAUAUGGACAUGUCGAUGAUGAAUCCCUUCCUUGCAUUCUGUCUCUAUGUGGCUUCGCGAGUGUUUGUGCAAUACCUCAAAUCGAGACGAGAAGAUGCUGCAGUCAAAUCAUCCCUACACUUUCUACUUGCUGCGAUGCAAGUCCUCAAAACCAAGAAUCCACUCACUGAGUCAUUCUUGGUGCAGCUUGAUGUUGACCUCGAAGGCAGCGGGCUGGAUAUUCCGAGCAGCUAUUCGCGAUGGAAAUUUGGACACCGCCCUCCAGGUGAAAGUCCUGCUAACACAGACGCUCUGAAAUGCUCCCCGCUCUUUGAAAUCCGAGAGACUCAAGGUCGGGAAACAAUCGGAGCAGUCCAAGGGACCAAUCCCAAGGACGUACAACCCCCCUGGCCGACGGAUGCCAAUGGCUCUGCCGCCACUAGCAACUAUCCAAGUUUAUAUGCGUCGGAAGCGUUGGGCACCAGUGCACAAAUGGCUCAGACGAUGCCAUCUACAAGCGAUGGCUUGGACAAUGGUUAUGGCUUUCCAAUCCAGUCCGUUGGGACAGAUACCUCACCAGACACUUCGCAUCACGACGGAACUGGCUCACGACCGCACUCUAAUCACCCAACCCCUUCGACACUAUCGAAUCAAAACUCAUCGCACACGUCUUACACUUCGCCUCCUAACCAAUCCAGCAGCGGAAACACCGCGAGCAGUGGGCAGGGGCAACCGUCGCCAGGCUAUGUGUUUCCAGGUGGCGCCCAGUCUUCCUGGAACAUGAACAUAUCGACUCAAACGGGACAGGAUACGUCGCCGCAGCAAACUGGUAUGAAUUUCGGCUCUACCGGAAUGACACCUGGUCCGACAGGCCUGACCCCUAUACCCGACUCCCUUUGGCCGACGGAAGGAAUGGCUGAUGGGAAUGAAUGGAUGUUUACGUGGGCCGGUUCGACUCCGCAGCCAUGA